UCUAGCCCAGCUCGUCACUCGCGCUCCCCUCGCCUCCUGCGCUUCCCCCGCGGCGGCGAUGCCAGGGCCUUCGCCAGGGCUGUGCCGAGCGCUACUCGGCCUCUGGGCUGCCCUGGGCCUGGGGAUCCUCGGCUUGUCAGCGAUCGCGCAGGAGCCCUUCUGGGCGGACCUGCAGCCCCGCGUGGCGCUUGUGGAGCGCGGGGGCUCGCUGUGGCUGAAUUGCAGCACUAACUGCCCUCGGCCGGAGCGCGGGGGCCUGGAGACCUCGUUGCGCAGGAACGGGACCCAGAGGGGUUUGCGCUGGUUGGCACGGCAGCUGGUGGACAUCCACGAGCCAGAGACCCAGCCCGUCUGCUUCUUCCGCUGCGCGCGGCGCACACUCCAGGCGCGUGGGCUCAUUCGCACUUUCCAGCGGCCCGAUCGCGUAGAGCUGGUACCGCUACCUCCCUGGCAGCCUGUAGGCGAAAACUUCACCCUGAGCUGCAGGGUUCCGGGUGCGGGGCCGCGUGGGAGCCUCACAUUGACCCUGCUGCGGGGCGCCCAGGAGCUGAUCCGCCACAGCUUCGCCGGCGAGCCACCCCGAGCGCGGGGCGCGGUACUCACGGCCACGGUACUGGCCCGGAGGGAGGACCAUGGGGCUAAUUUCUCAUGCCGCGCGGAGCUGGAUCUGCGGCCGCACGGCCUGGGACUGUUUGAAAACAGCUCGGCACCCAGAGAACUCCGGACCUUCUCCCUUACUCCAGACGCCCCGCGUCUCGCUGCUCCCCGGGUCUUGGAAGUGGGCUCAGAAAGGCCGGUUAGCUGCACCCUGGACGGACUGUUUCCAGCCCCGGAGGCCAUGGUUUACCUCGAGCUGGGAGAUCAGAGGCUGAAUCCCGACGUCACCCUCGAGGGGGACACCCUCAUGGCCACUGCUACAGCCACCGGCAGCACAGACCAGGAGGGCACUAGGGAGCUGGUCUGCAACGUGACUCUGGGCAGCGAAAGCCGGGAGACCCGGGAAAACGUGACAGUCUACAGCUUCCCUGAGCCCCUGCUGACCUUCAGCGAGCCUAACGCCACUGAGGGGAAUAUGGUGACAGUAACCUGCACAGCCGGGGCUCAUGCCCUGGUCACACUGGAAGGAAUUCCAGCUGCAGUCCCAGGGCAACCCGCCCAACUCCAGAUAAACGUCACUGAGGAUGACGACAAGCGCGGCUUUUUUUGCGACGCCACCCUCGAGGUGGACGGGGAGAUCUUUAGCAAAAACGAGAGCGCUGAGCUUCGCGUCCUUUACGCCCCCCGCCUGGACGACUCUUAUUGUCCCAGAAGCUGGACAUGGCCAGAGGGCCCGGAGCAGACACUGCGCUGCGAGGCCCGCGGAAACCCAGAGCCCUCGGUGCAUUGCGCGCGGCGCGACGGCGGGGCCGUGCUGGCUCUGGGUCUGUUGGGUCCGGUCACUCGUGCGCUCUCGGGCACCUACCUUUGCACGGCGACCAAUGCCCAGGGCGAGGCGGUCAAGGAUGUGACAUUGACCGUAGAGUACGCGCCGGCGCUGGACAGUGUGAGCUGCCCGGACCGCAUUACUUGGCUAGAGGGAACAGAGGCCUCGCUGAGUUGUGUGGCGCACGGAGUCCCGCCGCCCAACGUGAGCUGUGUGCGCUCUGGGGAGGCCGAAGUUGUUGAAGGGCUGCUGCUUGUGGCCCGGGAGCACGCGGGCACUUACCGCUGCGAAGCCACCAACGCUCGAGGCUCUGCAGCCAAAACUGUGGCUGUCACGGUGGAAUACGGCCCCAGUUUUGAGGAGCUGAGCUGCCCCAGCAAUUGGACAUGGGUGGAAGGAUCUGGAAAGCUGUUUUCCUGUGAGGUUGACGGCAAGCCAGAGCCCAGGGUGGAGUGCGUGGGCUCCGAGGGCGCCAGUGAGGGGGUAGCAUUGCCUCUGGCAUCCUCAAACCCUGGUCCCAGGAACCCCAGUAUCCCUAGUGACCUGGCACCCGGUAUCUACCUCUGCAACGCCACCAACCGGCACGGCUCCAUGAUCAAAACAGUCGUCGUGAGCGCGGAGUCGCCGCCUCAGAUGGACGAGUCCAGCUGCCCAAGUCACCAGACGUGGCUGGAAGGGGCUAAAGCUAAUGUACUGGCUUGUGUCGCCCGGGGUCGCCCCUCCCCACGAGUGCUCUGCUCGCGAGAGGGCGUGGCCCGGCCUGAGAGGCAGCGCGUGUCCCGAGAAGACGCGGGGACCUAUCGCUGCGUGGCCACCAAUGCGCAUGGCACGGACUCCCGGACUGUCACUGUGGGCGUGGAAUACCGGCCGGUGGUGGCCGAGUUGGCCGCCUCACCUCCGAGCGUGCGACCAGGCGGGAACUUCACCUUGACCUGCCGCGCCGAGGCUUGGCCUCCGGCCCAGAUCAGCUGGCGCGCGCCCCCGGGGGCCCUCAACCUCGGCCUGUCGAGCAACAACAGCACGCUGAGCGUGGCGGGCGCCAUGGGCAGCCACGGCGGGGAGUACGAGUGCGCAGCCACCAACGCGCAUGGGCGCCACGCACGGCGCAUCACCGUGCGCGUGGCCGGUCCGUGGCUGUGGAUCGCCGUGGGCGGCGCGGCGGGGGGCGCGGCGCUCUUGGCCGCGGGGGCCGGCCUGGCCUUCUACGUGCAGUCCACCGCCUGCAAGAAAGGCGAGUACAACGUGCAGGAGGCCGAGAGCUCGGGCGAGGCCGUGUGUCUCAAUGGCGCGGGCGGAGGCGCCGGGGGCGCAGGCGCAGAAGGGGGACCCGAGGCGGGGGGCGCGGCCGAGUCUCCGGCGGGGAGUGAGGUCUUCGCCAUCCAGCUGACGUCAGCGUGAGUCUGCUCCCCUCUCCCCGCCGGUCGGGGGCCGCCCCCAGAUGCGCACGGGGGCUUAUUUAUUGUACUUAUUUAUUCAAUUCUGGGGCGUCACCCCCAUUUUCUACCCAUCCCCUCAAUAAAGUUUUUAUAAAGGA